GGCUGCGGCGGGCGUCUUCGUUUGUGCGCCUGCGCGCUGCCGAGGGGACGGGUCGGACUCAGCAAUGGCGGCAUCCAUGUUCUACGGCCGGCAGUUGGCCGCGGCCGCCCUGAGGAGCCACCGGCCGCAGACUACGCUGCGGGCCGCCGCCCAGGUUCUGGGAAAUUCUGGAUUGUUUAACAAGCAUGGACUCCAAAUGCAGCAGCAGCAACAAAGGAAUCUCUCACUGCAUGAAUACUUGAGUAUGGAUUUAUUGCGGGAAGCUGGAGUCUGUGUUCCCAAAGGCUUCGUGGCAAAGUCAGCAGAUGAAGUUUAUGCAAUCGCCAAAAAAUUAGGGUCAAAGGAUGUUGUGAUAAAGGCACAGGUUUUAGCUGGCGGCAGAGGAAAAGGAACGUUUACAAGUGGCCUCAAAGGAGGAGUGAAGAUAGUCUACUCUCCAGAAGAAGCAAAAGCUGUUUCCUCCCAGAUGAUUGGGAAAAAAUUGAUCACCAAGCAGACGGGAGCGAAGGGCAGAAUAUGCAAUCAAGUUUUGGUGUGUGAGCGGAAAUAUCCAAGGAGAGAAUGUUACUUUGCAAUAACAAUGGAGCGGUCAUUUCAAGGCCCUGUAUUGAUAGGAAGUGCACAAGGUGGCGUUAACAUUGAAGAUGUGGCUGCUGAGAAUCCUGACGCCAUUAUUAAAGAACCUGUUGAUAUAGUAGAAGGCAUCAGAAAGGAACAAGCUGUGGCACUUGCACAGAAGAUGGGAUUUCCGGAUAAUGUUGUGGAUUCUGCAGCAGAAAACAUGGUCAAGCUGUAUAACUUUUUUCUGAAGUAUGAUGCGACGAUGGUGGAAGUAAACCCAAUGGUGGAAGACGCCGAUGGACAGGUGUUAUGUAUGGACGCAAAGAUCAAUUUUGAUUCAAAUUCAGCAUAUCGCCAAAAGAAGAUCUUUGAUCUCCAGGACUGGACCCAGGAAGACGAAAGGGACAAACAGGCAGCUAAGGCAGAUCUUAACUACAUUGGCCUGGAUGGGAACAUAGGCUGCCUAGUAAAUGGUGCUGGGUUGGCUAUGGCCACAAUGGAUAUAAUAAAGCUACAUGGAGGGAUUCCAGCCAACUUCCUUGAUGUUGGUGGAGGUGCCACAGUCCAGCAAGUAACAGAAGCAUUUAAGCUUAUCACUUCAGAUAAAAAGGUGCAGGCUAUUCUGGUCAACAUUUUUGGAGGAAUUAUGAGAUGUGAUGUUAUUGCAAAAGGAAUAGUUAUGGCAGUUAAAGAUUUAGAAAUCAGAAUACCUGUUGUGGUACGGUUACAAGGUACACAAGUUGAUGAUGCGAAGGUACUAAUAGCAGACAGUGGACUUAAAAUUCUUGCUUGUGAUGAUUUGGAUGAAGCUGCUAAAAUGGUUGUGAAGCUCUCUGAAAUUGUGACCUUAGCUAAAGAGGCCCACGUGGAUGUGAAGUUUCAGUUGCCAAUCUGAGUGAGAACUUGGAGGCUGGCUGCCGGUGUUAAUGUGCUGUAGCUCUUUAUUAUACUGUGGUCUCUGCUAUUGUCCCUUUCCUUUUCAGUGUGUGGGGAAUGUCAUCGCCCAUGGAGCGCCUCACGAACCUUUGAAAGCGUUUUGUCUAUGUUUGAGUCUGCUGCUCAGAAUGGACUGUUUAUAUAAAGAAUGUAUGAUGCAAAUUGCUGGUUUCUUUUGUUUCAGCCAUCUUUUUUGCUUCCUCUACUGAACAUCACUAGCAGUAUGCCUGUUUUCUGUUGUUAGAUACAAAGUUCUUCAUUGCUAAGAAUCCUAUAAAUAAAAUAACUAACUACAAAGAUGCUUUAUUCUUUAGUAUGAAAAUAUAUCUAAUAACUGCCUCAUUAGAACAGUGGUGUGUGAAAACAAUGUUUUAUAUAAGAAAUAUUUAUCUUCAGCAUCAAUAUCUUAAAUGUAUCAAUCAUUAUUUAUACACAGAACUUUGAAGCACUCCUCAGAAUAUCUUCUAAGUGUUUUAGAGAAGUAAGUUGUUGAUUAUUUGAACUUCGUUUUAAUCAUUACAGGACGAAGAUAACUGCAAGUCUUCAUGUUUCUGCAGGUAAAAACACCUGCAGGGUUAUCAACCUAAAUCUUAAGACAUAUAUAAAGAACUUGGUGGGCAAAAUUAAGAUUGCCAAUUUAAGUUAAUAAAAGUUUCCCAAUGUAA